CACUCGCACUCCUCUUUUAUUCCCAAAAACCCCUAAAACAAACAUAUCAUGGCUCGCCGCUCUGCACCACCCAACUCUGGCCCCGCUUACUACACCCCUGCUCAACUCCAACCAUCCCGCGCUUCCGUCGAUCCCAAUGAGGGUUUCUUCGGUUGGUUGAUGCGCGAGCAGAUUCUUGCGCCAGAAAAGCUCCCAGGGAACAUCAGCAUCGUCACGGGAGUGAGUGUGUUUCUUGGAGGGGUAUUCAUCAUGAGGAAGUGGGGAGAUUUGCUGGUUCCGGCGUAGAGGGUGAGGGUUUCAGGCGAGACUCGGGAGUUGAGAGCUGAGGAGUGGUGAAUGGUCGGGGAAGAUAGUGAAGUUGGAGAGGUCUGAAAAGCUCGGAUUCUGGAUGAGGGUUAGAUCAAAAAAUAUCUGCAGUCCCUCUUCGCAGCUUUCGCUUUCCAUGCCAAGUUCACGAACCACAUAUUACACUUUCUUUCUCCAAUGUCUUGACGUUCCGACCGCUCGCUUGUUCCGUGCAUCGUCUGUAUCAUAGAAAAAGUCCUAAUCGCAUCCAUGCUCUCUUCUCUGUCGCUGAACACCCUCGUGUCGCUAUCGGAAGGCCCCGCCACAUCUUCUCAUUUUUCACAAAGUAACGUGUACAGUAUAAUGAACAGGUCAAACGAUACAUUGUAUCAAAG